GCGCAGCUUUCGCUUCACAGACGAAGAUGUGGAGUUCCUGCGCUCCGUCCUGCCCCCGGCCACCGAACACGCCUUCUUCCAGUUCCUGCGGGGCCUCGACUGCUCGGGCGUCACGCUCCGCUCCGUCCCAGAGGGCACGGUGGUGUUUGCCAGGGUGCCUCUGAUGGAGGUGGCAGGUCCGCUGGCUGUGGUUCAGCUGCUGGAGACCAGUUUACUGUGUCUGGUCAACUACGCCAGUCUGGUGUGCAGUAACGCUGCCCGCUUCCGCCUGGCAGCCGGCCCCAGGAGGAAGCUGCUGGAAAUGGGCCUCCGGAGGGCUCAGGGACCAGAUGGGGGGCUCACCGCCUCACGAUACACACACAUUGGAGGGUUUGAUCUCACCAGCAACGUUCAGGCUGGUUUCCUGUUUGGGGUCCCCGUCGCAGGGACCAUGGCGCACUCAUACGUCACUUCCUUUACCUCCCUGGAGGAGGUCUGGCCACAAACUCUCGUGGCAGUAAACGGGGCCCCCGAUCCAGUCGACUUCAUCUCGUUGACGAAGGGCUGGUUGACUCGUGUGUGUGAGCUUCUGCGGGCGGAGCACGGGAAGAUCCGUGAGGGCGAGUUGGCCGCCUUUCUGUCCUACGCCAUCGCCUACCCUCAGAACUUCCUCCCUGUGAUCGACAGCUACAGUGUUGGCUGUAGCGGUCUGUUGAACUUCUGCGCUGUGGCCUUGGCGCUGUGUGAACUGGGCUACCGGCCUGUAGGAGUUCGUCUGGACAGCGGGGACCUGUGCAGGCAGUCGGUUGAUGUCCGUCGUGUCUUCAGACUCUGCAGCGAGCAGUUCUCCAUCUCCGCCUUCGAUUCACUGAUCAUCGUUGGGACCAAUAACAUCUCAGAGCAGAGCAUGGCUGAGCUUAACAAGAAGGAGAAUGAGAUCGAUGUGGUCGGUGUUGGGACGCAUCUGGUCACCUGCACCAAACAGCCCUCGCUGGGCUGCGUUUAUAAGCUGGUGGAGGUGAGGGGGAGGCCCAGAAUGAAGAUCAGCGAGGACCCAGAGAAGAGCACCGUCCCCGGGAGGAAACAUGUCUACAGGCUGAUAGACGCAGAAGGCCAUCCUUUCCUGGACCUGCAGUGUCUCGCCGUAGAGUCUCCUCCAGAGGCAGGAGUCUCUCUGAGUUGUUACCCUCUGGGGUGUGAUAACUCCUCUGUCUCCGUCACUCCAGCUCAGGUCAUCUGCCUGCGCCAGGAAGUGUUUACUAAAGGACAGGUCACACACCCUCUGUGCAGCGCUGCAGAAACUAGAGCAAAGGUCCAGAGCUCCCUCCAGACUCUGCACCCUCGACACAAGAGGCUGCAGGAGCCAGACUCUUACACAGUGGCGCUGUCAGAGAAACUCCAUAACCUGGUCACAGAGAUUCGAAGAGGAAACUCCAACAACAGCAACUUUCUCCUGGCCAACUAAAGAGAAUCCUUCUUCUGUGGUCAUCUCCUGUUUUUAUUUUUAUUGAAACUCUUUUCAAAAGUGCCUCUCUGACAGUGUUAACACCGCACUGUGCUGCAGCCUGCCUCAAUCAAAGCUAAUGUCUAUAGAGUUAGGUCCAGUGUUUAACAUUGAGGAGGAUCUGUUGGCAAAAAUGGAAUUUAAUACCCAUAGGUAUGUUUU